AUGGCUGAAGAAGAUCCAAAGGGGCCCGAAAGCCCAAUCUCUCUCUCUUUUUCAGGGAGUGGGUUUCUUAUAAACUACCAGGUAGGAGUGGUGCAGGCUUUAUGGGAAUUGGCACCUGAAACAAUGAGAUCCGCAUCCAAGGUCUACGGAACAUCGUGCGGGUCAGUCGUAGCUGCAGCAGUGGCGUGCGAUGUUGACGUUGGUCGGAUAGAAGAAUUUUUUCAUGAAGCUGUGGAAGAAGCCAGGAAAGUGAGCAUUCUCACCCUUUGUCCAGGUCACCGUAUGCUUCGGAUCAUAGAGAAGGGGAUGAGUCAAAUGCUGCCGGAGAACUCACACCAGCUGGCUUCGGGGAAGCUUUGCAUUUCCCUCACGCGUGUGUCGGACUUACAGAACGUCGUCAUUUCAGAGUACAGAUCGAAGGAGGAGGUCGUACAGGCAGUGAUCUGUAGCUGCUUCCUUCCUGUCUAUUGUGGAUUCAACCCUCCCUCCUUCCAAGGCAUGCGCUACAUUGAUGGAGGUAUGACGAACAUGCAGCCUGGCUCGGACUCGGAAACCAUGAUCACGGUAUCCCCUUACACAGGAGAGGUCGACAUCUGCCCGAGGGACUGCCCGACCUAUUUCAACUGCAUUAGCGUCUUCCGAAGCACCUUCCUGCUCUCAGCUGAGAACCUAAGCAGGUUUAGUUACAGUAUUUUCCCACCCAGUCCUCCGGUGAGUAGCCCCAGGGACUGCACAGUGACAGAUCAUUUCGGUAUGGCCAACCCCAAGCAUGUGAGGAUCAUAAAUCAUCCCCCAGCCCAAAUCACGAGAUUGCUUAAAAAUCACGCGCCUUAGGAAAAAAUUCUGGGUAGGUUCUCUUGGCCUUCUGAUGUUUCAGCCUGUAGAAUUCAAAUGUGCAGGCUUUACUCCACAGCAGUGUUUUUUUUUUAACGAAGUCAGAGAUGCUCACCAAAAAUAAAUAAAUAAAAUAAAAAACCCACAUGACUCCAGUAGCUGGUGCUUUAAGAAAAACACCAAAUAUUGUGAGAUGCACAAAGAAAUGGCAAGGGUUGGCAACACUGUGAUUACUGCCCUCAGGGGCACUUUUUUUGCAAUUAGAAUGACUCUCCUUUAUAACGCUGAGUGGUUUCCCCUGCAGGUGCUACGCGAGUUUUAUUUACAAGGAUAUCACGAUGCCAUUUUCUUCUUACAGAGGCAAAGUAAGUGUUACAAAGAUUGGGAGGUCUAUGUGAGUUAGGAAUUCCUAGCUUGCUCUGUCUCACAAAGCAUCACUAGGAUCUUUUGCACAAUCCCAGGUCAUUA